AACAAAAAGGCUGAAGAGCAUCUUUUGAGGAGCACAGAUGGCAGCCCCAGUAAGCCAGAAGGAAUACCUUAAACGUUACCUUAGUGGUGGUGAUGAUGACAAAAAGAAAAAGAAGAAGAAAAAGAAGGACAAAAGUGCAACAUCAAGUAAAGGAAUGCGGAUCAUUGAAGAUAAUUUAGACUUAGACAGUGUUCCCUAUGGCUACACUGAAGAGGAUGAUAACCCCACAAUUGCAGAAGUAACAUAUGAAGAUGAUAAGAUAAAGCACAUGGAGGAAUUUGAGAAAAAUAAAAAAUGGAAGAAGAUUAUUGCAGACCAAGAGAGGGAAGACCAGGAAUGCAAGAGAGAAAGAGAUGACAUCUCCCCUCCACGAAGGCAGAGGCAUGAUUCGCAGUCACCUUCACCAGAGAGGAUUAAUCCAGAAGUAGGAAGGAAGCAUGAUUCUCAUGAGUCACCACUGAGAAGGAGAAGACACGAUUCAGAUGACUCCCCUCCAAGAAGAAGACAUGAUUCAGGCGAGUCUCCUCCUAGAAGAAAGAGACAUGAUUCAGAUGCCUCACCCCCAAGAAAAGGUGGAAAUCCAGAUGCUUCACCUCCAAGGAGAAAAAGACAUGAUUCAGAUGCAUCCCCUUCUAGGAGAACGAGACAUGAUUCAGAUGCAUCCCCUCCUAGGAGAACGAGACAUGAUUCAGACACAUCACCUCCUAGGAGAAUGAGACAUGAUUCAGAUGCAUCUCCUCCUAGGAGAACGAGACAUGAUUCAGACGCAUCCCCUCCUAGGAGAAAGAGGCAAGAUUCAGAUGCAAGAUUCAGAGAUAUAAAUGCCUUGCCUUCACAGAGAAAAAGGCACGACUCUGAUGCAUCUACUGACAGAGCUGAUUCUGACACAUCACCUCCAAGGAAAAGGCCAAAUGUUCCUGUUUCAACAUCACCACCGAGGAGAAAGAGGAAUGACUCUGAUUCAUCACCACCAAGGAGAAAGAGGAAUGACUCUGAUUCAUCACCACCAAGGAGAAAGAGGAAUGACUCUGAUUCAUCACCUCCCAGACGGAAAGGAAAUGAGUCUGACUCUUCCCCACCAAGGAGGAGAGGGGAGCCUCAGAACAACUUCCCACCACCAGGUGCUUCCAAGGAGGAGCGCCUUGAGCGGAAGAUGACCACCCAGGAAUACCUGCGGGCCAGGAAAUUUGGCAAGUUGAAAAAGGAUACCCCAGAGGACCUGGCCCGGAAAGAGCGUGAGGCAGUGCUCCAAAAGAAGGCUGAGGCACAGCACCAGCAAUGGAAACAUGGUGUCAAGCAGGUGCAGGCCUACCAACAGAAGUUGAAAGAUGACCAGCAUGAGAUGGGUAAGGCCUUUGCACGAUCGGCUGAUGAUGUGGACAUGAACACCGAGCUCAAGCAGGUCACACGAGAAGAAGACCCUAUGUUGGAAUACAUGAUGAAGAAGCAGAUGAAAGAGACCAAACAGCCCCUGAAGCCCUUGUAUAAAGGUCCCUUCCCUCCAAACAGGUUUAACAUCAGACCUGGAUACAGAUGGGAUGGUGUUGACCGUUCCAGUGGCUUUGAAAAUCAGUGGUUUGAGAGGCAGAACAACAGGAGAGCAGUUGAAGAGGAUGCCUAUAAAUGGAGUGUUUCAACCAUUAGAUGUAGGGAAUCAUCUAGAACUCAUAUUUGA